AUGCGAAAUGAAAUCAGUUAUACUCAACAAAUAUUAUUUAGACUUGAGCAUGAAUUACGUGAUUAUGAACAACAAUAUCGUGCAUCAGAUGAGAAAAUUCUUCAGAAAAAAGAAAUUAUUUCUGCAACUCGAAAAAAUUAUGAAGAUUUAGAAUUUCAAUUAAUGGAAUUAGAAACACGUUGUGAAUCUGAACUUGAGCAAAGUGAAGAACAUUUUCGAAAUGAACAAAAACUUGUUACACAAAAUGCAAAAAUGCGACAAAAUACUUUACGUGAACUUGAUCAUCAACAAUAUAUAGCUUUACAUCAAGCAACAAUGGAAAAAGAUAAACUUGAACGUGAAAAACAAAAACUUCAAUUAAUUUAUAAACAGAAAAAAAUUGAAGCAAAUGAAUUCGAACGAAAAAUACAUGAUAUAUGGUCCAAUAAUAAUAAUACUAUCCAUCAAUCAACUCCAUUACAUCUAUAUAGAUCAUUAAAUUAUCAAGAUGAAUUAUCUACAUCAAAAACGGGAAAAACUGAUGAUUUAAAUGAAAUGAUGAAUAAAAUUAAAUUCGAAAAAAAACCUCAUCAUGAACCACAAUUACGUGAACGGUUUGAGGAGAAUAUAAAUCGUGUUGAAUGCGAACAAAAAUCAACUAAUGAUUAUCAAGUUAAAUUACGUGAAAAAACUCGUGCACAAGAACGUCCAUUAACACGUUAUUUACCAAUACGUUCAGCUGAUUUUGAUCUUCGUGCACAUAUUGAAGGUGCUGGUCAUAUUUUAAAUUCAUCACACAUAUCUCUAACAUCAACAACAUGUCGUGGUUAUCUUCAUAAAAUGGGUGGAAUUAAAUUUAAAACAUGGAAUCGUCGUUGGUUUGUAUUUGAUCGUGAACGUCGUUCACUAUCAUAUUAUCAUGAUAAAAAUGAACUAAAAUUACGUGGUUGUAUUUAUUUUCAAUCAAUUCUUGAAGUUUAUAUUGAUCAAUUACAAUCAAUAUCUUUACGAUCACCUGAACCACGUGAAGCAACAUUUAUCGUUAAAACAAUUCAACGACCUUAUUAUUUAGUUGCACCGACAAUUGAAUUAAUGCGUAUAUGGAUUGAUGUUAUUAUAACGGGUGCUGAAGGAGGAAAUACAUUUGCUAAUGCUUAA